GGCACGUGGAGCCGCCUGAGCGCACCCCAGCCCGUGCUGCCUGAGCGGGGGCCAUGCAGCCCUAGCGGCCGCCGGAGCGCGUUCGCCAUGGCCGCGCAGCGGAUCCGGGCCGCCACCGCCAACGGCCUCCCCCGCUGCAAGUCCGAGGGGGCCCUCAUCGAUCUGAGCGACGGGUUCUCAGACACGAGCUUCAGCGACGUCAAAGUGCCUUCUCCCAGUGCCUUGCUCGGGGACAGCCCCACACCUUUUGGAAAUGCAAAGGAAGUGAUUGCCGUCAAGGAUCACUGCCCGACCAACUUCGCCACCCUCAAGUUCUCCAAGGGGGACCACCUGUACGUGCUGGACGCCUCGGGCGGGCAGUGGUGGUACGCGCACACCACCACGGAGAUGGGCUACAUCCCGGCCUCCCACGUGCAGCCCCUGGGCCACCGGAACUCUACGCUGAGCGACAGCGGCGUCAUCGACCACCCCCCCGAGAGCCCGGACGAGGCGGCCCCGGAGCUGGACUCGCUGGGCGGGUGGACGGGCAGCCAGGGCGCGCCCCCCCUGCACAGGAACAACCCUUUCUGGAACGGGGUCCGGACCAACCCCUUCCUGGACGGGCACGUGCCGGGGGCGCCCGGCGUGGCCGAGCUGCGCGCCGAGAGCCCCGUGGACCUGCUGCUCUUCGAGGCCGGCACGCCUUCCUUCCCGGGACCCAGCUCCGCCGCCACGGCCGGCCCCGGCAACCUCUUUGACGAGCUGCCCGCCCCGGGCCUGCCGCCCCUCGCCGAGCCGCCGGCCAGGCGCGACAACCCGUUCUUCAGGAGCAAGCGGUCCUACAGCCUGUCGGAGCUCUCCGCGCUGCAGGCCACGUCCGACGCGCCCGCCGCGUCGGGCUUCUUCGCGGGCCUCAGGUCGCCGGCCCCCGAGCAGUUCCAGAGCCGGGAGGACUUCCGGGCCGCCUGGCUGAGCCACCGGAAGCUGGCCCGCUCUUGCCACGACUUGGACCUGCUGGGCCAGAACCCAGGGUGGGGGCAGACCCAGGCGGUGGAGACCAACGUCGUGUGCAAGCUGGACAGCUCGGGGGGCGCCGUGCAGCUCCCCGACACCAGCAUCAGCAUCCACGUGCCUGAAGGCCACGUGCCGCCCGGGGAGACCCAGCAGAUCGCCGUGAAGGCGCUGCUGGACCCCCCGCUGGAGCUCAACAGCGACCGCUGCAGCAGCGUCAGCCCGGUGCUGGAGGUGAAGCUGAGCACCCUGGAGGUGAAGACCGUCCUCAUCCUGGAGAUGAAAGUCUCCGCCGAGGUGAAGGGCGACGUGGUCAGCAGAAGCACAGUGGGGCUCCAGUGUCUGCGGAGCGACGCCAAGGAGGGGCCGUACGCCCCCAUCCCGCUCACCCACAGCCACGGGGACACGGUGCGGGUGCAGCUGGACAGCCUCGAGCCCUGCAUGUACCUGGCCGUCGUCGCCCACGGCCCCAGCAUCCUGUACCCGUCCACGGUGUGGGACUUCAUCCACAAGAAGGUCACGGUGGGUCUCUACGGCCCCAAGCACAUCCACCCGUCCUUCAAGACCGUGGUGACCGUCUUUGGGCACGACUGUGCGCCCAGGAUUCUCCUGGUCAGCGAGGUCACCCGCCAGGCCCCGAGCCCCGCCCCGCUGGCCCUGCAGCUCUGGGGCAAGCACCGCUUCACCCUGUCCCGGCCCCAGGACCUCCGGGUCUGCCUGUUCCCCAACACCACGAACUACGAGGUCAGGGCCGGCGAGCAGCCCAGGGUGGUGCGGGGCUUCCAGAUGAAGCUGGGCAAGGUGAGCCGCCUCGUCUUCCCCAUCUCCUGCCAGAACCCCGGCGAGCUGUCCGACUUCACCCUGAGGGUCCAGGUGAAGGACGACCAGGAGGCCAUCCUGACGCAGUUCUGCGUCCAGACCCCUCCACCGCCCCCCAAAAGCGCCAUCAAGCCGUCCGGGCAGCGGCGCUUUCUCAAGAAGAACGAGGUGGGGAAAAUCACCCUGUCCCCGUUCGCCGCCACCACCAAGUACCCCACCUUCCAGGACCGCCCGGUGUCCAACCUCAAGUUCGGCAGGCUGCUCAAGACCGUGGUGCGCCAGAGCAAGAACCGCUACCUGCUGGAGUACAGGAAGGGCGACGCCAUCGCCCUGCUCAGCGAGGAGAAGAUCCGGCUCCGGGGGCAGCUCUGGACCAAGGAGUGGUACAUCGGCUUCCACCAGGGCCGGCUGGGCCUCGUGCACGCCAAGAACGUGCUGGUGGUGGGCGCCGCCAGGCCCGGCCCGCUGGCCGGGCCCGAGCUGAGCACCUCGCUGCUGCUGGAGCAGAUUCUGCGGCCCUGCAAGUUCCUCACCUACAUCUACGCCUCCGUCAGGACGCUGCUCAUGGAGAACGUGGGCAGCUGGCGCGCCUUCGCCGACGCCCUGGGCUACGGGCACCUGCCGCUCGCCUCCUUCUGCCGGGCCGAGCUGGACAGCGAGCCCGAGCGCGUGGCCUCGGUCCUGGAGAAGCUGAAGGAGGACUGCAACAACGCGGAGAACAAGGACCGCAAGUCCUUCCAGAAGGAGCUCGUGAUGGCCUUGCUGAAGAUGGACUGCCAGGGCCUGGUGGUCAGGCUCAUCCAGGACUUCGUGCUCCUGACCACGGCCGUGGAGGUGGCACAGCGGUGGCGGGAGCUGGCCGAGAAGCUCGCCAAGGUCUCCAAGCAGCAGAUGGACGCCUACGAGUCUCCACACCGGGACAGGAACGGGGUCGUGGACAGCGAGGCCAUGUGGAAGCCCGCCUAUGACUUCCUCCUCACCUGGAGCCACCAGAUCGGGGACAGCUACCGGGAUGUCAUCCAGGAGCUGCACACCGGCCUGGACAAGAUGAAGAACCCCAUUACCAAGCGCUGGAAGCACCUCACAGGGACGCUGAUCCUGGUGAACUCCCUGGACAUCCUGAGAGCCGCUGCCUUCAGCCCUGCGGACCACGGCGACUUUGUGAUCUGAACGGGCGCCCACCGCUCCGGACGCUCCCGCCCUCUGUCCACGUGCCCGGCAGGGCCCGCGGGGCCGGAGGAGGAAACCUCGGCUGCCCAGACGGGUCCCUCCAGGCUGGACCCGCAGAGGACCAAGCCACCCCUCCCCCGCCGCCGCCGCCGUCUCGGGGAGUCCGAGAACUUGUGCAGGCUGUUGCCGCUCAGUUAGCUUUCUGCUCGCCGAGUGUGGAUAUAAAUGGGGUUUUUGUUUUACGUCCGGGGUGGGGACUUUUGAGAAAGGUGGCGUCUGAUUUUUUAAUGCACCAUGAAGGGUUCAAAAAAUACUCCAUAGGGGCAGAUGCUGUUGAGGUUUUUGUGUUACAUGAAGACCUUUUUAAAUUAUGUUGCCGAUGUACAUAGGUAUUUAAGUGUCACUGGGGGCAUUCUGGUGCCCAGCCACACCUUACAUUUCAACCGGCAGGGGCGCUUGUUCGCGUGCUGGCCCUCUGUCCUCUGGAACGUCAGAGUGAAUCAGAAGCAAAUCGGUUUCCCGUAAAUGAGUGAAGUCAGCCCGCCUCCUCUUUCUGAGAAUGUUCUGGGUUUAUCUACCUUGCUGUGGCCUCUGGCCUCCAGGUGCAGUCCACCGGUCCAUGGCCGGCGCGUCUCAGUCUGACGGGAGACGCGAGGUGCCCCUGGCGUGAGAAGGCCGCCGGGAGGGGGCACACGCCAUGCCUGUUCAGUCACUCAGAGCCACGCCCUCGGCAGGCGGGAGGCUCCGUGCCCACGCGUGGGUGGCCCUAAGGACUCUGUGGACAGGGGUCACGUCACUGGUGCCCGGGUGCUGCCCACAGGGCACGGGCUGCGUUCACCUGACUGUCCCCUCCUUCCUGGCAUGCCCUGUCUCCUGGGGAGCACAGAGGAGGGGAGCCAGCCUCUUGUGAGACGGAGGACGGUCUGGGCAGGCAGGCCUCCUCUGGGAAUGGCGCCGUCCUACGAGCUGGCCCGGGGCUUGCAGGGGCCGGCCGCCGGGGGGUUCUCCAGCUGCACUGUGGUUGUGGCCCAAGGGUGCAGGUAUAGGGUCUGCGCUUCUGAGGGUCAGGGCUGGAGAAGCUUCUGGCAAACCCGCAGAACACGGCAUCUCCAGACGUGCUCCGGGCGCCCUGCCAUGUGCCAAGUGAUGUGGGACCACGCGGGGUUCCUGAGCCUGGCGCCCUGAACCUGCUUCCCGGAAACCCGCCGUGACUUAGCCCCAUCGUGGUGUCUUCCCUGCUGGCUGCAACAACCUCUGCCAGUCAGAUGCUGAAGACCUACUGGGUCCAGAACAACAGCAGAAACAAAAGCUACUCUUUUAUGCUGCGACAACCAAGACACACGGUUCCCCGACCAUCACACGAAAUCUUCUCCCCCAGAAUCAUCUCUAACCUCCCCAAAAAAGAGACAAGAAAGACCAGUUGCACCUUAAACCACGGAUCUCUUUCCUCAGGGGCUUUAAAUAGUUUCCUAUGCAACCUGUGUUGUAGCACAAAUUCAAUCCUACAAACGUUGCAGUAAAUUUUAUUUGGAUAUUUUAACCUGGUCAGUGUGUGUGUUUUCUGUCCCCAACCAACUCUGAAUAAAACG